CUUCACCCACAUCCCAAAGGCCACGCAACCCUUUCUUGUAUCACUUCUUUUCAAGAUUAGGGUUUUUGUUUUCAAGAAAACGGCAUGGGUGAGAGGCAAACUGGGAAGGUCAAGUGGUUUAGUGACCAAAAGGGGUUUGGUUUCAUAAGCCCUGAUGACGGCAGCGACGAUCUUUUUGUCCACCAAUCUUCCAUCAAAUCCGAAGGGUAUCGCAGUCUCGGAGAUGGUGAAGAGGUUGAGUUUGUGGUUGAAAACUCUGAUGAUGGCCGUACCAAAGCUGUUGAUGUCACUGCCCCUGGUGGAAACCCAGUUCAGGGUAUCCGAUCCGGAGGCGGAUAUGGCGGGGGCUCCGGGGGCCGCGGAGGGGGCCGCGGUGGCGGCGGAUAUGGAGGUGGGGGAGGAUAUGGAGGAGGAGGUGGUGGAUAUGGAGGUGGAGGUUAUGGUGGAGGUAGCGGUGGUGGAGGAGGUGGAGGGUGUUAUAAUUGUGGUGGGUCUGGUCAUUUUGCUAGGGACUGUCCUAAUAGUGGACGUUGAUUUUAGUGUGAGGAUUGGAAAUAGUAAAAGAAGAUGUGAUUUCUAUCAUGUUGUCUUUUACUAAUUUAUUUCUACCUCUUUUUUUUUACCAUUGUUUUUUAGUUCUGUUGUCUUCUAGGUGGUCUUAUCGUGGUCGUUCAUUUUGGUUUCCAUUGCUGUUUUUCUAAGAUUUUAAUGAAUGUUUGUUUGGGUGCUUCUGGUUUAAUUUGUUUUGCGGUUUCAAAUCGGUAUGAUGGUGAUAGGCCUUAAGUAGUAGAGAGGGAUUGGAUCUUGUUGAAGGAAGGAAUAUCUUGCUUCAAGCUGUAAUCUCUCACUCUUUUUCUAAAGUGUUUAUACACAACAUAUAUGAAUAUACGUGCUGGUUUGAUUCAAA